UCACACAAUCAAUCCCUUAAAUAGCUAAAUUUUAAGAUCUAAUCCACAUUGCUGAUUUUAAUUAAAUUUCAAAGGAGAAGGCUGAAGCAGAGUAGUAAUGGCGGGAUUGUUCGAUAAACAGGCGCAGUUCUACUCCGACGCACGGCCAACUUAUCCCGGCGAAUGGUUUUCAAUGCUGGCUCAACGCACCACCCACCACUCUCUUGCUUGGGAUGUCGGCACCGGGAACGGCCAAGCUGCCAUCGGAGUAGUAGAGCAUUACAAAAAAGUUAUAGCAACAGAUAUUAGCCAAGCCCAAUUAAAUCAUGCACUACAACACCCGAGGAUUCACUAUUUUCACACUCCACUCUCCAUGUCCGACGAGGAACUUGUGACUAUAGCUGGAGGUGAAAACUCUGUUGAUUUGAUCACGGUUGCUACUGCAGUUCACUGGUUCGACCUCCCAAGGUUUUACUCAAUUGUGAAUCGUGUGCUAAGGAAUCCAGGAGGUAUAAUAGCAGUAUGGGGAUACACAAUGAUGAGUGUUAGCCCUGAAUUUGAUCCAAAAAUGAAGAGUUUUCUUAAUUCAACACUUGCUUAUUGGCACCCAAAUGCUAAAUUCCUGUUCGAUGGGUACAGAACACUGCCGUUUCCUUUUGAGAGUGUGGGAUUAGGUUCAGAAGGUAAUCCAAUUCCUGUAGAUAUACAAAAGGAGAUGUCAUUUGAAGGAUUUUUGGCUUGGCUCAAGUCUUGGUCAGCUAUUAAUACAGCUAAGGAAAAAGGGAUGGAUUUGUUACCAGAAAAGUUGGUUAAAGAAUUUGAGAUAGCUUGGGGAGGACCUAAAUUGGUUAGGUCUGUUGUCUACAAGGCUUUUGUGCUUGCAGGUAAGGUUAAACUAUGAAAAUUUAGGUUAAUUUGGUUGUUUAUUACUGGCAUAGGACUAGUACUGAAUUUCCAACAGUGUGUUGGAUCGAGGAUUUUAUGUCAGUGCGUGUAGAAUAACACUGUAUCCGUUACCUUUUUAUAGCGUUAUAUGCAAAAAUAGUAUGAAUAUAUGUCUA